UUUAUAUAAUAAAGUUAGACUUCUUAUCAUAAUAAACAACAACAUGACUGAAUAAGCCUCUCGGUAAACUUGAGAACACUGUUUAUCCGUUAUCAUGCAGGUUGAUCGGGAAUUUUGAAACGAUAUAAAAGAAACCUCCAAGAUAAAGAAAUAAUAAUAAUAAUAAAAAAAAAAAAGAUGAAAUACACAGCUUCCUAUCUUAUCGAAAAGUACGAUUUACAAUUAAAUCCAGAAGGUGGACAUUAUAGGGAGAUAUAUAAAGACCCAUCUACAGUCAAAGCUGAUGGUUUUGAUGGGGAUAGAAGUUGUUCGACGGCGAUCUAUUAUUUACUGAAGAAAGACGAGACAUCCAUUUUCCAUCAAAUCAAAUCCGACGAGUUAUGGCAUUAUUAUUUUGGUAGCACACAUCUGCAUAUUUAUGAAAUCAAGCCCGAUGGGACACUCAAGAUCCAUUCUUUGGGAAACAAUAUAGAUCAAGGUGAUGCGUUGGUGUGUGCUAUCGAAAAACAUUCUUGGUUUGCCGCUGAAUUGGUUCACAAAGAUGAAGAUGCUUUUGCUUUGGUGGGAUGCACCGUAGCUCCUGGAUUUGAAUUUCGUGAUUUUAAAGUAGCUGAUGCGGAUGAUCUGUCCAAGCAGUUUCCACAGCAUCAAGAUAUCAUUAGAAAACUAUCACACUCAAUAAAUUAAAAAUAAUGAAACCAUCAAAAUACAUCAUACGUG